GUUGGUCGGUGAACUAGGGAGAGUUUGUGUAGGUGAGGAGGCUGUGUGCCCCGGCUUGCGUGAGGGACAGGGUGGGCUAACCCCCAUCCAGCCCCGUCGGCAUGGGGAGCGGCGAGAGCAGCCACGGGAACAGGAAGGUCUCGUUCGGGCUGGAUGAGCAGGAGCGAGUACGGGUGCUGCAGGGCAUCAGGCUCUCUGAAGAUGUAGUGAACCGAAUGAAGGAAACUUCUCAACUUAAAGGGGACCAGAAACCAUCUUCCUUUCCUCCUCCUUCAUCCCGUGGCACGGCAUCAGCACCACAAGCUGCAGAAGGGAAGCCCAAGUUUACUUCAGGAAUCCAUCCACCAACUGCCAGUAGCUCUGGUCGGAAGCCCUCUGAGGCAGAGGAGGACCUGUACAAGAGGUAUGAGCGAGAGCAGGCACUGGUCCAAGAGGAACUUCUCCGGCUGGCCAAGAGGGAACGGGAGGCAGCCAGCGACUCUCUCAGUACAAUCCUCCAACGGGAAAAGAACAGCACCAAUGAAGAGAGGCAGAAAGCAGUUCAGCUGCCUGCGGAUUUGGAUGCCUGGGCGCGGGAGCUACAGUGCAAGGAGAUGGAGUUGAAACGACGGGACGCCUUCUGUAAGGAGCAGUUGGCCCGUAUUGAGAGGAAGAAUGCUGAAAUUUACAAGCUGACAUCAGAGCAAUUCCAUGAGGCAGCCACUGGUGCAGAGAACCACAUAAAGUAAGAAGUCAUUUCGGUUCUUUUCAACAGUUUUGUUUG